AUGAGUGAUAGUUUCAAUGCAAAAAUAGGAAAUCUUGAGAAGGAGAGGAACAUACACGAAGGAGAUAAAUAUAAUUGGAAUGUGAAAGGAGUGAUGAAAGGGAAGAAUAAAAAGUUGUUGGUGAGUGUGAAUGUUCUUGGAAGUGUUGGUCCUAUAAGAUUUCUGGCAAACGAGGACGAUGAAGUUUCAAAUGUUAUUAACACAACUUUGAAAGCCUAUGCUCGUCAAGGAAGGAUCCCGGUUCUAGGAUUCGAUGUCGAUAACUUCAUUUUCUACUCCAUUAAUGCCGGAUUCAACACUUUAAAUCCACAAGAGAAGAUAGGUUCAAUGGAUGAAACGAAUUUCUUGCUGUGCAAAAAAGAGCCAAAUCCACAAGAAAAAGUCGAAAGAAGAGGAGAGAGUAAAGCUUGGAUAGGCCAUGGAUGGAAAACUCGUUUUCUUCGGUCCUUAUUACGAUAA